GAAUCGUGUGAAAGACAUGGUUGCAAAAGUGUACUUUAUUUUAUUGUUAACAGUUAUCAUUAUUAAUGGAAAACCUGCACCCUUUUUCUUCGGCGGUGGACUACCCGAAGGUUUAGCCACACCAUCUCUUGCAUUUUGUUUGAGUUGCAUCAAAGCAUUUAAAAUUUUUAAUCCUCAAUGUCUUUUGUGUUUAUUACCUCCAGCAACGACAACUAUGCCUGAGACAACUACGAUGAGUACUACUACUACAACGGCAAUGAUGAAUAUGUCGAUGAUGAUGAUGAUGCCUGAUAUGAUGAUGAUGAUGCCUCCCAAUAUGAUGAUGUAGUACCUAAUUAUACUUUAAUAUGUAUAGUAUAAAAGGUGGAAGAUUUGUAUUUUAUAUUUUUAUUUUUUUAAAUUUAUUAAUUAUUAAUAAUUGGACCGCGUUAUGC